AUGUCAUGCUGCCCUGCUGUAUUUGUGAUGUUGUGUUUGUGUGACUCAGUGCCUCUGAAGAGCAUCUCAGUGCAGGUUCUGGUUCAGGAUCAUGUAGCCACAGUCUCCUCCACUCUGCAGUAUGUGAAUGAGGAAGAGCGCCCCCUGGAGGCCUUGUUCGUCUUCCCUCUGCCUGCUGAUGCUGCUGUCUGCCACUUCAGUGCCAAGAUCGGAGAGCAGGAGAUUGUGGCAGAGGUGCAGGACAGAGAAACCGCGAGGGAUCAGUAUGAUGAUGCUGUGAGUUCGGGUCAGCAGGCGUUUCUGUUGGAAGAGAGCGCAGAGAGUCCUGAUGUGUUCAGACUGAGUGUCGGGUGUCUGUCGGCGGGUCAGAACGCUGCUGUCACCAUCAUCUACGUCACCGAGCUCGCUGUGCAGGCCGAUCACUCGCUGCGCUUCUGUCUGCCGACUGUACUCAACCCCCGAUACACACCAGCAGGUUCAGGUGCUGGUAUCGUCUCAGAGAUUUCAUCAGGAGCUGUUCCCUACACGCUGACUCUCAGUGUCCAUGUGAGCUCUCCAAAGCCCAUCACCAAACUAGAGUCCAACUGCUCUCUGGAUCCUCUAGAGUUCCUCCACUCUGAUCACACUCAGGCUACGGUGGAUCUGAGUCCUGGUCACAUGUUUGAUAAGGACUUUGAGCUGUUUGUGUUCUAUCAGGAUACCCAUCAGCCCUCUGCUAUAGUGGAGGCAGGAGUGACCACUGCCCCGCCAGGCUCUCUGAUGAGGGACCCAGUGGUCAUGAUAAGUUUGUACCCAGAGUUCCCGGAGGAAGUGAUGUCAUCACUGGCAUCUCGAGGCGAGUUUGUUUUUGUGAUUGACAGAUCAGGCAGUAUGGGAGACAUGAUGCAUCAUGGGAAAGGAGCACAGAUGCGCAUUGAAUCUGCAAGGGACACUCUGCUGUUACUGUUGAAGAGUCUGCCCAUGGGAUGCUACUUCAAUAUCUAUGGAUUUGGCUCUGAUUUUGAGUCCUUCUUUCCUCAGAGUGUCGUGUACAAUCAGGACACAAUGGAUCAGGCUCUGAAGAGAGUGAAGGAAAUGCAAGCAGACAUGGGCGGCACAGAGAUUUUACAGCCUCUAAAACACAUCUACAGUCAGCGCUGUCACCCUGACCACCCCAGACAGCUGUUCGUCUUCACUGAUGGAGAGGUGGGAAACACUAAAGAGGUGCUGGACCUGGUGAAAAGUCACGCUCACUCUCACAGGUGUUUCUCAUUCGGGAUUGGUGAGGGUGCAAGUGCCGCCCUCAUCACAGGAAUGGCCAGAGAGGGAUCGGGUCACGCUCAGUUCAUCACAGACACCGACCGCAUGCAGCCCAAAGUGAUGCAGUCGCUCAGGUUUGCGCUGCAGCCCGCUGUGGUUAAUAUCUCUGUGGAUUGGACCCUUCCAGAAGGAGUUACUGUUGAGACACUGUCUCCACCCAUCAAUGUGCUCUUCCAGGGACAAAGGACACUCAUUUAUGCCCAACUGAAAGGAGAAAGUUCAGGAGGCUCUGAGGGAACAGUGACAGUCAAAUACAGUCUGAAAGAUCAACCAGUAACAAACCAGCUCCACUUCUGCUUCAAACCAACUGAGGAAACAGGGUUGUCCAUCCACCGGCUGGCGGCUCGGACCCUGAUCCGUUCUCUGGAGCAGGAGGAGAGGUCAGGUGCUGCAGAUGUUGAGGGUAUCAGGAGCAGGAUGGUGGAGCUCAGUGUUCAGGCAGGAGUGAGCAGUGUUCAUACAGCCUUCAUUGCUGUUAAUAAAGACAGCAGACAGACUGUGAAAGGACCCCUGAAGCAGAGAAGAGUGCCGACACGCGAUUUGUCUUUAGUAAUUGCCCUGAUGCAAGCAAAUUGUGCUGAACUAGGAACCCACGCGUCACAAUAUUCUGCAUGCUUUGCAGAUGAACAAUCAUUUCGAUGCUCAAAAAAGAAGACCCUGAGAACUUUCACAGAGCGAGCUUUCUUAAAAAUGUCUAAUUGGGUACCAGAAGAGAUCCAGAAUUUCUUCCGCCGUGGUUCUGCGACUGCGACCUCCCCAUCUGAUCAGACGGACUCUGAAAGCAAGAAUGAUGCUGCUUCUGAGCCUCAGAAGGACCCGUUACUGCAGCUGGUUUCUCUCCAAAAGGCGUCAGGCUGCUGGGAUCUGGACGCCACACUGGCUGAUGUGUUUGCGAAGACGGAGGAUGAGCUGACCAGUCAGAAACCAGCACAGGUGGAUGGGUCAGUGUGGGCCACUCUCCUGGCUCUGAUCUGGUUAUACGGCUGUAAAAUAGAGCAGCAGGUGGAGUGGCAGUUUGUGGCCAUGAAGGCAGCGUCAUGGAUCGGCUCUCAGAAAGUGGGUGAUCUGUCUCAGUGUGUGUGUGGGGAAUGUCCUGCUCGGAUGUCAGGUGACCAAAGAGACUCUGGGAAUCUGAAGACGUCAGUGUUUCUAUAUCCUCUGCCAUAUAACUACACACAUACAUAUAUGAAUGCAUAUAUAUCAAGCAUAUUCAAAUGGCCGAUUGCUUGGUUCCAACCAGACCGCGAGACAACGAAGGCACCAUUUCUAGAUAAAGUUCAUAGAGAGGUUCACACUAUGAGUGCUCAGGGUCGUUCCCGUGUGCUUUGA